AUGGCUAAUCUAGUAACUAAACAAAAAUUAAUCUCCAUUAUUUUCAUCUUAAUCACUCUUUUCACUUCACAAGCCCUAGCUGAUUGUGAAAGCGAAAGCACAAACACUUGCAACAACAAAGAAAAAGCUCUCUCUCUUAAAAUCAUAGCAAUAUUCGCAAUAUUAGUAACCAGCAUGAUUGGAGUGAGCUUACCCUUGGUGUCACGUUCCGUCCCGGCUUUAAGCCCGGACGGAAAUUUAUUCGUGAUUGUGAAGUGUUUUGCGGCCGGUAUUAUUCUUGGAACCGGGUUCAUGCACGUACUACCUGAUUCAUUUGACAUGUUGUGGUCGGAUUGUUUGGAUAAGAAACCGUGGCAUGAGUUUCCGUUUUCGGGGUUCGCAGCUAUGCUCUCUGCUGUGGUUACAAUGAUGGUGGAUUCUUUGGCUACUAGCUAUUAUAGUCAAAAGGGUAAGAAAAAUGUUAUUAUUCCGGCUGAAGGUGGAGGAGAUCAAGAGAUGGGUGCUGUCCAUGCCGGUCACCAUCACCAUUUUGAGGCGAAGACAGAAGGCGAGGAGUCACAGCUUCUACGAUAUCGCGUAGUCGCCAUGGUAUUAGAACUUGGAAUAGUAGUUCAUUCGAUUGUGAUAGGACUUGCCAUGGGAUCCUCCAAUAACACAUGCUCGAUAAAAGGUCUAGUUGCUGCACUUUGCUUCCAUCAAAUGUUCGAAGGCAUGGGUCUUGGUGGUUGCAUCCUCCAGGCGGAGUACAAGUUUGUAAAGAAGGCUAUAAUGGUAUUUUUCUUCUCAAUUACAACACCACUUGGAAUUGCAAUAGGAAUUGCAAUGUCUAGUAGUUACAAAGAGAACAGUCCAAAAGCGUUAAUAACGGUUGGAUUGCUUAAUGGAUCAUCUGCUGGUCUUUUAAUCUACAUGGCUUUGGUUGAUCUUCUUGCUGCUGAUUUCAUGAGUAAGAGGAUGCAGGGUAGUAUUAAGCUUCAAUUAAAAUCUUAUGUUGCGGUGUUUCUUGGUGCUGGGGGCAUGUCUCUCAUGGCUAAAUGGGCUUAAAAUUAUUGAUGUAAUGUUAAGAAUCUCUUCACAGUUUGCAUAGUCUAA